CACUGCACAGAGCUUCUGCUAACUGGGUCAUUUUGCUGCUGCAUUAUCAGAAAAUAGUGGGAGCUUUUGAUCCACCACCCAACCACUAAUCCACAGUCCUGCUUCAUACCUCAUGACCUUACAUCCUCAUGUCCUGAUGAUUCAGUGAUAUGGGAGAGUGGUGGACAGCAACCCCAACAGAGAUGUUAAUAGGGAAUAAUGAGAUCUCCAGCAUAUCACGAGUGACUAUGUCCCCUUCGAGACCGAACAACCUCCUGUCAUAUUCUUUACCCCUGUCCAAUAAUUCCUACAGUGUGAUAAGUGCCUUCUGCACUGAAGAUAAUGUUGCUCAAUGCAUUUUAUACAUCAAUCAGGAGCUUGCUUCGCUGGGCCUCACCUCAUGUAUUCAAGCUGCCUCACCAGGGGAAGCUGGCCUGAACACCGUGCCCACUCUGAAUGCCAUGUAUGAGCUGAUGCAGAUUCACCGACGUAUUGUACGGAAUCUGGAGGAGCUGGAGAAGGAACAACUGAAGCAAUCCAGCACUUUGGAACACAUGCAGAUGAGCAAUUCCAGACUGAAGGAUCAGUUAGAGCUGUCCAUACGUGAGAAAUCGGGUCUACAUGAGACUGAGAGACAGCUGCAACUCAAACUUAAGACUUUGCAGAGAUGCUUAAAAACUGAAAAAGAUGAGGUUCAGAAGCUCCAGAGUAUCAUUGCCAGUCGAGCCUCUCAGUAUAGCCAUGAUGCCAAGAGAAAAGAGAGAGAAUCCGCAAAGCUCAAGGAGCGUCUCAGUCAGCUACUGGUUGACCGUAAGGAUAAGAAACUCGCUAUUGAUGUACUGAAUUCCCUGGGACGUUCAGAUGGGAAACGGAGCCAGUGGAGGACUGCAAAGGUGAAGGGAAGCCAUGAGGGUGACAUGUACAAGUCCUUGAUGGAUGACUAUGAGGCGAGUCGGAGGUCCUUGAUGCUGGAAAAUGCCGAGCUUAAGAAAGUGCUCCAGCAGAUGAAGAAGGAGAUGAUGCAUAUCCUGAGUCCACGGCAGCCAAGUGCCAGAGGGGCCAUUGCAGAUGAGAGCCAUGAUCAGGGGGGUUCAGAUGGUGAGGAGAAGGUGGGUGAGUCUAGCAGGGACAUUCUGGACCAAUCCUGUGAGCAAGCUCGGGAACAGCUCAUCAACAGCAUCCGCCAGCAGUGGAGGAGACUCAGGAACCACAUGGAGAAAUUAGACAGCCAAGCAUCUCGGGUGCAGAAUCAGAUGGAGUCCAGUAAAGAGGUGGUGCUCAGGGAGACCCACGAGGAUGAGAUGGACAGGAUGAGGUGUGAAGUUCAGCAGUGUAAAGAGUUCAUUCAAGUGCAGCAACAACUGCUCCAGCAACGUCUUUACACAACAUUUGACGAUGACACUGCAGCUCUCCUUAAUGACUGCUACACGUUGGAGGAAAAAGAACGACUUAAAGAGGAAUGGAGACUGUUUGAAGAACAGAAGAGAAACUUUGAAAGGGAGAGGAAGAGCUUCACAGAGGCUGCUAUUCGCCUGGGGCGAGAGAAAAAAGCUUUUGAGGAAGAUCGUGCCUCUUGGCUUAAAAGUCAGUUCUUGAACAUGACUCCCUUUGCUGACCGGAGGAGAUGUUCCUCACCUGACUGUCAAAGUGCCUUAUCCAUCAGAAGUGAGCCAGAAAUGAGGGUUUCUUCCACGACCUCUCAGUUGGCUCAGUCAUCAGCCUAUGCCAUGUUCAACACUCCAAAAUCUGCUAUUGGUGCUAUUUUGCCAUCUACAACUGAACUUUACCGAACACUCUGCCUGAUGCCAGACAGCAGACAUUCAAACAGAGGACAAUGUCAAGAUUCCAGCACCAGUGAAAGUGGAGAUGUUAAAUUUCAGUCAUAAAGCAGAAUUCAGUGUGGGAACCUAAGCGUCUUUUCUGUGGGUGACAAUGAGAACAGUCUCACUUAAAGACUCUGUGGUGCUGCUUUUUUUUUUUCUUUUUUUUUUCUCCCCAUCUGCAGUCACCUGGCUGAAAUCGACCAUAAUUUUUGCAGAUGUGUUUUCACCAAGGAUGUUUUUUUUUUUUUUUUUAGGUUUGUGAAAUAACUAAGCACUUUAUGAUGAAUGCCAUCCUCCAUUUCUAUCUUUUUAUAGGUAAAUCAGCACUGGCUGUAUAGUUAUUAAGCUAUAAUUAGUUGGAUUGUAUGUACAUACCAAGUAAUGACUAGAAUGUUGUGGAGGUAAAGAACAAUCAAUAUUUUCUUCAUGUUGCUGAGAUAUUGAAAUGUCUGUUUUUCCAUGCAUUGUAAUGUUUAUAUAUUAAAUGUUUUUAUUGAAUGCAUAGAUGUCGAUAUUGCCGUGAUUGUUUUGGCUGCUGGUGAACAAUAAAGCUUAAUAUAUAAAUA